AUGCUAAUCACUCGCAACCAAAUCCUUUGUUUCAUCGCACUAAUUAUUUUUACAUUAACCUCACUAACUGAAUCUCGAUACCAUCACCACAAAGAGAAACACAAACACAAUAGCCAUAACCAUCACUCUUCAAAACCAGAACCCCCUUCUUCCUCAAUCUCUCAGCCUCCUACUCCUCCUCCGGGUCCUGAUGACUCACCUUCACCGUCACUACCACCGUCACCUAGCGACGAGCCUGAAGAAGACAACAAUGCAGUCUACAACGUGAGAAAUUUCGGUGCGGUCGGAGAUGGUAUCACAGACGACACGGAAGCAUUCAAAACGGCGUGGGACUCAUCAUGUAGCAACGGAAACGACACCGUUUCAGUUUUGCUUGUUCCUUACGGCUACACGUUUAUGAUCCAGUCUACUAUUUUUACCGGUCCUUGCCACUCUUACCAACUAUUCCAGGUGGACGGGACCAUUGUAACACCAGAUGGACCAGAAUCGUGGCCGAGCAAUAUAAGUAAAAGACAAUGGCUUGUCUUCUAUAGAGUCAACGGAAUGGCUUUGAAAGGCGCCGGAGUUAUAGAUGGCCGGGGACAGAAAUGGUGGGAUCUUCCCUGCAAACCUCACCGGACUGUCAACAAAUCUGCAAUUGUUGCUGGCCCUUGCGACAGCCCCAUUGCCUUGAGAUUCUUUAUGAGCUCGAAUCUAACGGUGGAAGGUCUACAGAUAAAAAACAGCCCACAAUUUCAUUUCAGGUUCGAUGGUUGUCAAGGAGUUCACGUUGAGUCUCUUCACAUUACUGCUCCGCCGUUGAGUCCCAACACUGACGGCAUCCACAUCGAAAACUCCAACUCCGUUACCAUCUACAACUCAGUCAUCUCCAACGGAGACGAUUGUGUAUCGAUUGGUUCGGGAUCCUACGAUGUUGAUAUACGGAAUCUUACCUGUGGACCCGGUGGCCAUGGAAUUAGUAUUGGAAGUUUGGGCAAUCACAACUCACAUGCAUGCGUCUCAAACAUAACCGUCAGAGACUCAGUUAUAAAGUACUCCGACAAUGGAGUUCGGAUCAAAACAUGGCAAGGUGGGUUUGGUUCGGUCUCAGGCGUGACGUUCAACAACAUCCACGUGGAAUCAGUUCGUAACCCAAUAAUCAUUGACCAAUACUACUGCAUGACCAAAGACUGUGCUAAUAAAACAUCUGCCGUUUUCGUAUCUGAUAUUGCGUACCAAGGCAUCAAAGGAACUUAUGAUAUUCGAAGUCCUCCAAUGCAUUUCGGAUGCAGCGAUGCAGUUCCAUGCACAAAUCUAACUCUUUCUGGCAUCGAGUUGCUUCCUGCCAAAGGAGAAAUCGUUUUGGAUCCAUUUUGUUGGAAUGCCUAUGGAAUUGCGGAAGAGCUUUCGAUUCCUCCAGUUUUUUGUCUCAUGUCCGAUCCUCCCACGGCUUUGCAAGGUGCUCUUGUUGACAAAUGUGGUUAAUCAGAUCAUUAAUUGAUCAGUUAGGCUAUUCUCAUAAACUCUUACGUGAUUUUAGAGGAAAUGUAUAUAUGUAUGAGGAGAAUCAUUUUCUUGAUUCUUCGUUGAGGAGUGGCACAUUUUAUUUGCCUCUUCAAGUAUUUUAAAAACGUGUUUAAUUUUCAUUUGAUGAUUUUUGUAGUGUGUGUUUAACUAGUGAUGGAGUGCUAUGAUUUAU